CGUAACCCGAACGGAAUGUGGUGAAUGGUGAAUGGUGAUGGUGGUUGAAACAAUUUUGACACCACUCAACCAUUCAACCUUUGCCACAAUCUCAUUCCUCUCUCUAUAUUCUCGCUAGAGAGAGAACAUCGCCGCCGCCGCCACCCUUCCGGCGAUGACAUACCACCGCCUCCCCUCAUUCCUACGCCGUUGAUGCGCCGAUCCAACGCCCGCACUCGCGUCAAUCGCAACAACAACAGCCAAAUGGAUCCGAUCAAAAUCCGCUCCACCAACCUCUUCGCCCGGAACCCUAAGCCCUCUUCUUCGCGCUCUCUCCUCAUCUUCCUCCCCCUCGCUCUCUCCCUUCUUCUCAUUCUCUCCUACUACGCGUUCUCCUCCUCCUCGCUCCGCGCCGCUUUCCGCUACCGGAUAAUCGUCGACGGCGGGAGCACGGGCACGCGCGUCCACGUGUUCAAGUACCGGUCGGACCGGGAGCUGGAGUUCGGGGAGGAGGGGCUGGCGUCGAUGCGGGUCAACCCCGGGCUGUCGGCGUUCGCGGAGGAUCCUGGUGGCGCCGGCGGGUCGGUGGCGGAGCUGGUGGAGUUCGGGAAGAGGCGGAUCCCGAGGGCGAGUUGGGGGGAGACGGAGAUUCGCUUGAUGGCCACGGCGGGGCUGAGGAUGCUCGACGCGGAGGUGCAGGAGAGGAUUCUGGGUUCUGAUGAAGGAGUGUAUGCUUGGGUUGUUGCUAAUUAUGCACUUGGCACUCUUGGAGGUGAUCCUUUGGAUACAACUGGGAUUAUUGAACUUGGUGGUGCUUCUGCUCAGGUGACCUUUGUAUCAAGAGAAGCAAUGCUGCCUUCAUUCUCACGAACUGUUAAAUUUGGGAAUACAACUUACAACCUUUACAGCCACAGCUUUCUUCAUUUUGGCCUGAAUGCUGCUCAUGAUUCAUGGAAAGAAGCACUUGUAUCAGGAGAAUUUAACUUAGCUUCUCAAUCUCUUCAAGAAGGGUUGCGGAUUGAUCCUUGUACUCCUGCAGGAUACUCUUAUAAUGUUGAGUCAUGGAAGUUUCCUCCUAGCUCAGAGAGUGCAAAAAAACAAUAUCAAUCCACUGUUCAAACAAGGGGAAACUUUUCAGAGUGCAGAUCUGUAGCACUUAAAAUGCUACAAAAAGGGAAAGAAUCAUGUUCCUAUCAGCAUUGUGACAUAGGAUCAACUUUCAUACCAAAGCGUCAGGGGAAAUUUUUGGCCACAGAAAAUUUCUUUUACACAUCAAAGUUUUUUGGAUUGGGGCCUAGGUCCUAUCUGUCCAAUUUGAUAAAGGCUGGGCAACAAUUCUGUGGAGAGGAUUGGUUAAGGAUGAAGGGAAAAUAUGUAUCCCAUGAUGAGGAAGAUUUACUUCGGUAUUGCUUCUCUUCAGCAUACAUUGUUUCUCUGCUUCAUGACAGUCUUGGAAUUGCUUUGGAUGAUGAGAGGAUCAAGGUUGCUAAUCAGGUGGGAAGUAUUCCGCUUGAUUGGGCUUUAGGAGCUUUUAUUCUGCAAACAACAGCUGAUGCCGAUAUACAGAACCAUAACUGGAUUUCCACCAUUUACAGUGGAGGAAACCUCAGUUGAAGACAAUUUAUGAUCUAGAAAAAGGACGAUAUAUAAUCACGCGUGUUGGUAGAUAAUGCUUGAAGUAGAGAAGAUUGUGGUUCUUGGUUUCCAUACGUGGAGGCACCAUUGUGAUAAUGAUGAAAAGUUUUAUCCUUUCUAACUUGAUGGCCACUUCAUACUAUUGAAGGCCAUGCCAGCGAGGUCUCAAAUUGUAAAUCAUUGGAUUUUGGAUGCAGUAUGUGGAGUUGCGCUUGCUGAGGAACUAGUGUAGAGUAGCACGUUUCUUUGUGUUAGUGGAAUCAAGAAAUUGAAUGUUAUGCCACUCGCUUUACUGGAUAUAGAUAACAGUAAGGCAAGAAGUGGAGCAGGUCAGCUUAGGAAUUGCGAGGGGGAACUGGAUGCUGCAUCCAACAGAAGACACCUUGUUAUGUCGCCUUUGUACCAAACACUGCGUAAAAAAAAUUCUGUAUUGAUGUUUUCCAAUUGCUACAUACAAAGAAAGUUUUCUUCAUAUCAUACUCGGAAGUUAGAUUUGCAGAAUGACUGCCGAGUUUGGAACUCUUAUUUUGGAUAUAAAUUAAGGACAAUUAAAGCGAAUUAGUGUGGUUAA